AUGCAUUGGGGAUCAAAUAAUCGAAAGGGCGCUGAACAUGAAAUCAACGGAAAAAAGCACGUGGCGGAAGCACAUUUUGUUUUUACAAGUAGUCAAAGAAAUGAAACUGCUGUAUUAGCAUAUUUUUUUGAAGUGGCAGAUAAUGAAAAUGCCGAAUGGGGAAACUAUGUUUUAUAUGUAAGUGAUUUAAAAGAAGUAAAUCAAAUCAAAACAUAUGAAACAAACAUUCAACAAUUAAUGGACGGCGAUCAACGUGAAUUCUUGCGUUAUACGCGUAGUUUGGUUUUAUUCAGAAAACUAAAGGACAAAUAA